GUGCGUUUCGCGCGAAGUUCGCAUCCCGGCAUCGCGGCGUCGUUGUUUGACGUCAGCAGCUCCAUACGCGAUCCAGUGAGCCUCGUCGGCCCAGGGAUGCUGCUCAGUAGCAGGCUCGGGAAGCAGGUAGUGGAUAGGCUUGGCAAUAGGCUUGGAGUUAGGUUCGGAGAUAAGCUUGGCGAUUCCGCGUGCUGUUCGGUUAGCCGCGACUGCCAGCUAGGAUUGGCGGCAGAACGCCUCUUUGGCCCUGUUGUCAGACGACACCGUGUCGUGUCGGAUAGGGCAUGGAUGGGAGUGGAGGGCGGGCCGGGGAGCAGCAGCGAGCGGCGCAGCGGAAGGAGCAGGCAGGGCGGGCGGGGUCGGAACGGCGCGUGAUAGUGAUCUCGGGCCCCACGGCGUCGGGCAAGACGCGCCUGGCGCUGCGCGUGGCGCGCAUGGUGGGCGGCGAGGUGGUGAGCGCGGACUCGGUGCAGGUGUACCGCGGGCUGGACGUGGGCAGCGCCAAGGCCACCCGGGACGAGAGGCAGGCCGUGCCGCACCACCUGCUCGACAUCCGAGAGCCGUCGCAAGAGUACACGGCGGGCGACUUCUUCACGGACGCCCGCGCCGCCACGGAGGACGUGCUGCGGCGGGGCGGCGUGCCGGUGGUGGUGGGCGGCACGGGGCUGUACCUCGCGUGGUUUCUGCACGGCAAGCCCAACACGCCCGUGGCCUCGCCUGAGGUGGAGUGUGCCGUGCAGCGCGAGAUAGAGGCGGCCGUCAUGGCGGGCAGGCGGGCCAGGCGGGCCAGGGCGCACGGGAUGGGGUGGGGCAGGGAGGAAGGAGGUGGCGCGGUGGACGGAGGAGGGAGGCAGGCAACAGGCGGAGAAGGCGGAGAAGGCGGAGGGGCAGCAGAAGUAGCGAUGGAGGGAAGGGCAACGGGCAGAGGAGAGGGAAUGGCGUGGAGUGCAGAGGCGUGGAGGGAGGAGGGCAGCCAUGGUGCGGAUGUGGAAGGAGAUGGGGCUGACGACAGCAACGACAGCAUGGGACAUACCCAAGGGGGGAUGGGGUACGAGGCGACGGAGCAGGGAGCGGCGAGCCGGCAGGCGAGUGUGAGGUACAGGGAGGAGGGCGACUGGGAGGCGGCAGUGGGUGCUCUCGCUACUGCAGGGGAUCCAAUCACAGCAGGCCAGCUGGCACGAAAUGACUGGUACCGGCUCACAAGGGCUUUUGAAAUCCUCAGGGCCACGGGUCGCCCUCGCUGCGAGAUCGCUGUGCCGUCCCACCAGGCUAAGGAGGCCGCGCCUGCUGCUGCUGCUGCUGCUGUGUGUGCGUCGCCCGCUCCACCGUUCGCCUUCCACUGCUUCUUUCUGGACGCCCCUCGCCUGCCGCUGUACCGCCGGAUUGACAGGCGCUGCGAGGAGAUGGUGCAGGCCGGGCUGCUCGAGGAGAGCCUGGCGCUGCUGGCGGCGGGGUUGCUGCCCAACACGUCCUCGCCCACACGCGCCAUCGGGUACCGCCAGGCCAUGGCCUUCCUGCUGCAAUGCCGCCACGUGAUGGCGCGAGCGCGUAGCAGAGAGGAGGAAGGACAGCACGAGCAGCAGCAGCAGGGGGGGGAGGUGCAGCGGCUGCUGCUGGCGUUCAUAGAGGAGUUCCAGCAGGCGUCGCGGCGCUACGCCAAGCGCCAGACCACGUGGUUCCGCUCCCAGCCGCUCUUCCGAUGGCUGCCCGCUGAUGCCCCGCUGGACGACCUGGUGGCCAUGGUGCUGCAGCAAUACAACGCACCCUCUCCACAACCCACACGCGUAGAGGGGCAGCAGGGUGUGGAGGGGCAGCAGGGUGCGGAGGGGCGGGACGGGGCAGGUUGCAGGGCCGACGUGAAUGGUGUUGGCGGCAGCGGGCAUGCUGGGGGGGUAGGUGAGGGGGAGGCGCGGCGGCAGCAGCGCAAGGAGCGCAAGGAGGAGGAGCGCGAGCUCAAAGGGUACCGCGCGAAGCUCGAGAUAUUUUGUGAGCAGCACGCUAUUGACGCCACCGUGACGUGGAUUCAGGCUAGCGUCAAGCUGCAGCCACACUGCUCAGGAGAUGGGCCAGCACGCAUGGGCGCUAUCAGUGUGCAUUCACAAGCAUAAGUGUAGUUCAGUACUUGUACAACAAAGCCUAGUGGCAUGUUUCAAAGUUGGCUCUUUCUGUCAAACAUUUGUGUAUCUAAUGUUUGUAUAGACUGUAUAGGGUCACCUCUUAGAGAGUACAACCCUUAGACAUAUAUCCUUGUACCCAUGUUCUCUAUUCAUUCAUUAUU